AUGACGUCUCGAAAAAUACAACAGGAAAUCGAUCGUACCUUCAAGAAGGUUGCAGAAGGUAUACAAUCUUUCGAAGGCAUAUAUGAGAAGAUCAAGACUACGACGAAUAUUGCUCAACGCGACAAGCUCGAAGAUAACCUAAAGCGAGAGAUCAAAAAACUACAACGAUUUCGUGAUCAAAUUAAGACAUGGGCCGCUGGGAACGAAGUAAAAGAUAAGGGUCCAUUACUAGAACAGCGGAGAGCUAUAGAAACAUGCAUGGAACAAUUCAAGGCCGUCGAGAAAGAAAUGAAAACCAAAGCCUACUCGAAAGAAGGGCUAUCAGCCGCUGCGAGGCUAGACCCAAAAGAAAAAGAGAGAGUAGAAACGUGUGACUUCCUUUCGUCGACAGUAGAUAUACUUCAGCAAAAGAUCGAAGCUAUGGAGGCAGAGGAAGAAAUGCUCCAGGCGACCAUGAAAAAGGGUAAGAAAGACGCGGGCAAGGCAACUAGAUUAGCGGAUAUUUCAAGGAUAUCGGAACGGCAUAAAUGGCAUGUUGCAAAACUUGAACUCUUACUCCGUUCAUUACAGAAUGGCAAUGUGGAGACUGGUCAAGUGCUUGAUAUUAAAGAAGCUAUCAAAUAUUAUGCCGAAGACGGCCAUAAUGCGGACUUUUGUGGAGAGGACGAAACAAUAUACGAUGAUAUUGAGCUAGGGGACGACGAAGCUCAGUUCGGAAUGGGUCUAGAGAACGAUCGUGUAUCGUCACAAGACACACAAUCCAUACAGGACGAUGAGUCUACGGAACCACGAAGGACCAAGGUAGACAGUGGGCCUCCAAGACGUUCGUCGACGCAAAUGAAGUCACCUUUAUCAGCACUUGCUACGCUUAAUCUAAACGGCCAGCCCCCCGCGCCUGCCGCCGUAGUGAAGGCCGCUCCGCCGCCUGUGAGGUUACCCGGAGAAACACUCAAGUAUGCUUCUGCGGCGGCGGCAGCAGCUGCUAGCGACAAGAAUGGAGUUGGUAUCGCGCCGCUACCACCUCCGCCAGGCGCCAGCCCUGCAAUAUCAACCGUGCUGCCAGUGUCGAAACCCCCAUCAACAGCCUCUCCACAGGUAGCGCCUGCGCAACCUGUCCAGAGAUUGAUACACAAUGCCGCCAAUGCUGACGAUGUAAGCAGCCAGUCCAAGUCUCCGACGAGUAGUAUCGCUGCCAGUCAGCCAAGUACUGUUCCACCCACACCAGCAAUGGCAGUUGCUGAAACAACCUCGCAGCAGCAACAAUCGCAACUGGCUCCUCAGCCAUCGAAAGAACCGUCAUUGAGCGAACGAGAAAUCGCGAAUGGUGAGCCGGGAGAAGGCGUGUCUGCAGAAGAAUCUGUCUACCAUCUUCCCCCAGGCCUUCAAGACUUAAUACAUUCCUUCGAAACCACCAAAUCCCGCGUAAACGCCCCCCAGUCAGGAUCUACACAGAGACUACUGGUAGCCUCACACAACACUUGUCCAGAACCUAACGAUGCUGAAAAGCCCCGCCAUUACAGCCCCCAAAGUCCUUAUAAUACUCCAAUCUACUACCCUCAAGACGUACUCCCUAUCUUUGACGACCCAAGGCUAUAUGAGAAUGGGCGGAUUGAAACCGACACGCUGUUCUACAUAUUUUACUACCGCCAAGCAACAUAUCAGCAAUCACUUGCUGCUAAAGCCCUCAAGAAUCAAAGUUGGCGAUUUCACAAGCAGUAUCAAACAUGGUUUCAACGCCAUGAAGAACCGAAGACGAUUACCGAGGAGUUUGAACAAGGGACAUACCGUUUCUUUGACUAUGAGAGCACAUGGUUAGUUGCUAUUUGUGUUUAA